AUGGCAACAGAGGACGGCAAUGGGAAGACGGCAAUGCGGUUUUGCGCGGCUUCUCAAGUGAAUCCAGUCCAGGGCCUCUUGAGUGUUCCCGUCCUCCAUUCCCCGUCUCAUUCGACACCGGUGACAAGCGGUGCGUGUGGGCCGCUUUUCAUAAAGCCCUACCUCCAGCUGCCUCCACCGACCGACCGCGGUCACAUCGGCUAUCCGGCCAUCACAGUCGACUCGGCGGUGUCCCGCCAACUGAUUCACGCGUCCUCCCCAGGCCCCACCCCCACUGUCUCCUACGCCAAUGCAGUCCUGCGUUUGCGCAGGCCUCCUCCUUCGGCUUCCUCUCACCCUGGAUCCGUCAACUCAUUGGCGUCGUUGUCUGGAGCAGCUCAGGUGUGUUGCUGUGGCCUCCGGCAUGUGGGGUCUUGUACCACGCCCGAGAAGACCAGAGAUGGGACAGACACCACCGUUCACUCGACAGCUCGACCGAGUCGUGUUGUUCCGCCGGUAUCGACACCGAAGUCAAGGGGCUCCAGCAGUGAUGGACUUGCCGGUGACAGCCCACCAGCAAGUCCGACCGGGGAGAUAAACCGCGCGGUGUCCCAGCUGGAGGACGUGAAUCCCGGCACGUGGUCGGGCGGGGUGCCGCAGAGCCUCCCCGGGAUGUCGCUGAGCCCCCCGUCUGGCGCCCCUCCCACCGCUGCCAGCCAACGCUCCUCCCUGGGACUGCACGUGGACAAGGAGGGCGCGUCGGUGAGCGCCGGCGAUGCCGACAACAAGAGCAUCAAGUCCGAGUGUCUGCUGCCCAAAGAACUCUCCCGAACCGCACGGCGUCUCGGUCCGGCGGUGGCGUGCUACUCCUCGGAGUCGAGUCUGGCCACGCCCGACUCCUGGUCCUACAGCCUCCCUAUUCGCCCCUUCAAGGUCGAUUCUGGAUCCGUUUCUAAGGUUUCGCCAAUGGAGGGUGCGUGUCCCCUGCUGCAUCCGCGUGCGAGAGCCGAUGGAAAGGAGGAGGUGGACUCGGAACGCGUCUACGGCCCUCUGGAGUUCAUCAAACUACCCUACGACCCCCCACGAUCCGCAAUGACAGGCGCAGAUUCAAGAGAUUGUGUCAAACUCUCGACGCCAAACUUCAGCAACGGAAGCAUGAAGUCGUCGGUAAACGGCAGAACGUCCGAGGCUGAAAUUAAUCUUCUUCGGCACGAACUGGAGGUCGCGAGACAAAAGGUCGCCACACUGACAUCACAGCUGGAAGCCAAUUCCUUUUUUGUCAUGGUGGCUGGCUUUUGUUUGUGCACCCACGUGAACACCAUCUCAAACUAA